GAGGCUUUCAAGAUGAACUUGAACUUGUCCGACUCGACCGAUUUGAAAAACUUCAAGUCCUUGCAAUACGCCCUAUUCUCGACGUGUUUCGUUGAAGUUAUAGGCGGUUUGUUCUUCCUCAUCACCGCCUUCUACAUCGUGCAGGAUAAACACAAAGUGGAGGCCGCCGUUCACGAGGCCGCCCAACAUAACCAUUUAGACCACGAUGGACAUGCGACGACGGAACAUACUUGAGAUGCCUUUUCUUUUGGAU